CCCGCCCGCCCGCCCUCUCCCUCGCUCCCUCCCUCCGCCGGCCGCUUUAGCCAGCCUGCAGCCCGCCAGCCCGCGAGCCGCAGAGGGCCGGAGCCUCGGACACGGCCGCCGCCGCCGCCGCCGCCUCCUGCCAUUGUUCGUCCGGCUGAAGCUGCGGCUGGCCCGCGAGCCCCGCGCCGGAGCCACGGAACGUCAUGACAACAGAGAAGAGUGUAGCGGCUGAAGCUGGGGGUUCUCAGCACCAUCAACAGAAGGAAGAGGGUGAGGGAGCCACAAACUCAGGACAAGAAACUCAGCUGGAGGAAGCUUCCCAACCGGCAGCUGAGGGCAGUAAUCAGUGUGAGCAGAAGCUGAAAGCAUCCAAUGGGGACACUCCGACACAUGAAGACUUGACCAAGAACAAGGAACGGACGUCAGAGAGCAGAGGCCUGUCACGACUGCUCUCCUCAUUCCUCAAAAGGCCCAAGUCUCAGGUUUCUGAAGAAGAAGGCAGAGAAGUAGAGUCAGAUAAAGAAAAAGGUGAAGGAGGCCAGAAGGAGGUAGAAUUUGGAACCAGCCUUGAUGAAGACGUCAUUUUAAAGGCCCCUAUUGCAGCUCCUGAACCUGAACUCAAAACAGACCCAUCUCUGGAUCUUCAUUCAUUAAGCAGUAUAGAAACACAGCCAGCUCAGGAAGAACAGCGAGAGGAUCCGGAUUCCGAAACAAAGGAAGGAGAAGGGAUUGAAGAGGGCUCCAGGGCAGGUGUGAGGGAGGAGCCCGAGUCAAAAGCAGAAAGAGAGCCCGAGGCUUCUUCGCAGAAGCCCAUCCGGAGACAUAGAGACAUGCACUGCAAGGUCUCCUUGUUGGAUGACGCAGUCUUUGAGUGUGUGGUGGAGAAACAUGCUAAGGGACAGGAUUUGCUUAAGCGAGUUUGUGAGCACCUCAAUCUGUUGGAAGAAGACUACUUUGGUUUAGCUAUUUGGGAUAGUGCAACCUCUAAGACAUGGCUGGAUUCUGCCAAAGAAAUAAAAAAACAGGUUCGAGGUGUUCCGUGGAAUUUCACAUUUAACGUGAAGUUUUAUCCACCUGACCCAGCACAGUUAACUGAAGACAUAACAAGAUACUACUUAUGUCUUCAGCUUCGGCAGGACAUCGUUGCUGGACGGCUGCCCUGUUCCUUUGCAACCUUAGCCCUCCUCGGCUCUUACACCAUCCAGUCUGAACUGGGAGACUAUGACCCAGAACUGCAUGGCGUGGAUUAUGUUAGUGAUUUUAAACUGGCCCCAAAUCAGACCAGGGAGCUUGAAGAGAAGGUCAUGGAAUUGCAUAAAUCCUACAGAUCCAUGACUCCAGCUCAGGCUGACUUGGAAUUUCUUGAGAAUGCCAAAAAGUUGUCUAUGUAUGGAGUUGAUCUUCACAAAGCAAAGGACUUGGAGGGAGUGGAUAUUAUCCUAGGAGUCUGCUCUAGUGGCCUUUUGGUUUACAAAGAUAAGUUGAGAAUUAACCGUUUUCCUUGGCCCAAAGUGCUAAAGAUUUCUUAUAAACGUAGCAGCUUUUUCAUCAAGAUCCGGCCUGGAGAGCAAGAACAAUAUGAAAGUACCAUUGGCUUCAAGCUUCCCAGUUACCGAGCAGCUAAGAAAUUAUGGAAAGUGUGUGUGGAGCAUCACACGUUUUUCAGACUCACUUCUACAGACACCAUUCCCAAAAGUAAAUUUCUUGCCCUGGGAUCUAAAUUUCGGUACAGUGGCCGGACUCAAGCACAGACCAGGCAAGCCAGUGCUCUGAUUGACAGGCCCGCCCCACACUUUGAGCGGACAGCAAGCAAACGGGCAUCCAGGAGCCUUGACGGAGCAGCAGCUGCUGAGUCCACAGACCGAAGUCCUCGGCCUACGUCCGCACCAGCCAUUGCUCAGAGUCAGGUCACGGAGGGGCCGGGUGUCAAAAAGACCCCGAAGGAGGCUGUGAAGGCUGAAGUGAAAGGGGAAGAAGAGCCAUCUGAGCAGGCUGAGCCUGAGCCCACAGAAGCGUGGAAGGUGGAAAAACCCCACACCGAGGUCACAGUACCUACCUCAAAUGGUGACCAAACACAGAAGCUUGCAGAAAAGCCUGAAGAUCUGAUAAGAAUGAGGAAGAAAAAGAGAGAGAGACUAGAUGGUGAAAACAUUUAUAUCAGACAUAGCAAUUUAAUGUUGGAGGAUUUAGACAAGAGUCAAGAAGAAAUCAAAAAGCAUCAUGCCAGCAUCAGUGAGCUGAAAAAGAACUUUAUGGAAUCGGUACCCGAACCACGACCUAGUGAGUGGGAUAAACGCUUAUCCACACACUCACCCUUCCGAACUCUUAACAUCAACGGGCAAGUCCCUACUGGAGAUGGAAGUGUAAAUGGCAUUCGCACAGAGGAGGUGGCUCUCGUGACAAAAGGGCCAUCCACCUACCCUGCCUCUGAAUGGGAGUGCCCCAAGCAGUCCGUAGUUCCUAGUCAGAGCCUGAUGACCUCCCCACCGACAUCUCCACAGAGCUUUGGUUCUGGCUUCCUCUCCACAAACAGCAAGGAGGCGGAAGAGAAGGAGCAGAGGGCAGCUGGCUAUCUUGAUGCUAAUGAGAUGCCAGCGGGCCCAAGUGGGGAGUGUUUAGGAGUGGAGGAACAGGCCAGUGCCUCAACUUUCUCAGUGACUCCAGCUUCCUGCCAGCUACAACAUGGUGGAAAAAGGGCAGACAGUAGUGAAGAGCCUGUUGCCUCAGCUGAGAGCCUUGAGACCCAGAGCGGAUCCUUUCUUGACUCUCGUGUGGGUAACCAGUUCCCCACACUCAUUCGAAGUUUCCAGCCUCCUCUGGUAAAGACUCAGACUGUCACCAUCUCAGAUACUGCCAAUGCUGUGAAAAGUGAAAUCCCAACCAAAGAUGUACCUAUUGUCCACACUGAGACCAAGACCAUCACCUAUGAGGCUGCCCAGACUGAGGACAGCAAUGGGGACUUAGACCCUGGAGUCUUGCUGACAGCUCAGACCAUCACAUCUGAGACCACAAGCAGUACAACCACAACUCAGAUCACCAAGACUGUAAAAGGUGGAAUUUCUGAGACCCGGAUUGAGAAGAGGAUUGUGAUCACGGGAGAUGCAGACAUUGACCACGAUCAGGUCCUUGUACAAGCCAUCAAGGAGGCCAAGGAACAGCACCCAGACAUGUCAGUGACCAAGGUGGUCGUCCACCAGGAGACCGAGAUCUCUGAGGAGUGAGCUCAGGGACUGUUCUGCCCAGUCCUCACCCUUCCCCAUCCAAGAGAAGCCAGCAUAUCAUAAAGAAGCCAGCCUGCAGCAGUCAGACUUCAGACUUUCAAGACUGUUCCACACCACAGAAAACCAACUUGAUUUUCUAUUUGGGAUUUCUAUUGAGACUCUUCUAGAUGCCACAGAUGUUUUCUAUAUUGUGAUACAGAAAUUGUCAACUUUUUGGUCUAUGAACUGUUUUUAAGACAUUUUGGGUUUUUUAUGGAGUGGUUGGUAACCCCUCAGCCUUGCCUCUCCUCACUCGUUUCCAACUCAGACCCUGACAGGAUCCACAGACUUCUUCAGAACCCCUCAGAGACCCUGUCAGCUGUAGAGGCCAGAGCCAGCUCAGUGGGACUUCCUGCUCCUCCUCCAGCUUCAUACCCUGGAUGACACAGAAACUAUGCACCAGUGAAUGUCAGGCAGGGCAGAUGCCCUGGUCACAGACCCCAGAAACAUGACCUCCCUUUGCAGGGUGUUUGGUGAGGCAGCGACCUCAGCUGAGCACAUGCUGUCUCCCCCCACACACACCCCCUUCUGUUUGGAGCUUUAGGUCAGAGACAUCAGUCGCUUCAGAUAGAGCACAUACUGUGAACAUUUGAAUGCAUCUGUGGCCUUCACCUCCCCAGCUACCCUCUCCCUCCAAAGAAACAGCAGCUUUCCCAAUUGUUCCCAGCUCCCUUCUCAGGAGACCGGAACUCUCGGAAAAACCAGGCACUUCCAAAAGUGCCAGUGGAACAUUUUUAGUUGUAACUUGAGGAAGAAAAGUUAAUGAGGUUUUAAAAAUCAGGUCUUGUUGUUCAGGGGUGCGCUUCACCCAAGGGAGUGGCGCCUUUACCUCAGAAGGAACUACUAAGAGUGCUUUCUGCCUCAGCCUGGGCCUCCUCUCUACCAGGCCUGGUAAGGGAUGUGGCUGAGGCAGAGGGUGUGCUCUGUGACCUUUCUUCUGGGGACAGGCAGCUGCCUGAGGGUGUUCUCCAGGAGCAAGGGUAUUCUUACCUCCUGGUGGUCAUCCCUGGUCAGGGUGGGUGUGAGCCAACUCUGUUCGCUCCUCCAUUGCCUGAGAAGUCUGUCAGGUUUGGGGGGCUUUGUUUUAUUGUGGGUUUUGGAUUUGGUUUCCGUUUUCCUUUUUUUUUUUUAAAUAUUGGUUUUGAAAAGGGAGCCUGAUGUCCCCAAUUGGUGGUGAGAAUUUGGGGACUCCCCCCUCCCCCCAAACAGGGCCUCUGUAAUCCUCCAGCCUACUUCCUACAAACGGAUCUGCCUGGAAGCUUCUUAGGUUCCUAAUUCUAGGCUAGGAAUGAACUUCAUGAGGGCUGACAGCGGGUCUCUGGCAGCAGCGGCUGAAGGGCAGUGAGCAUGUGUGAAGUCAGGAGCCUCUUGGCCACAUACUCUUCACACAAACUCAGCGACUUCGAACUGGUUUUGAGUGUGCAUUUUUCUUUUAGCUCCCAUGAGACUGUUACCAAUGGCAGCUUGCUCUAAGGAGGGCCAGGCUCCACUCCCAGAAGCAAACUUGCAGACUGUGGGGUUGAGCUGAGGAGACUGCUGGGGAGCAGGGUUAGCAAGAACUCCAGCUGCGGCCCAGGAGGAGGAAGAGAGGGGUGCCUGCCCAUCCAGCACUGCUCUGUCAGGAUCUCAGACUGGGUACCUGACCUCUGCUGCCUUUGUCUGGAAAUUGGACCAGAAUUCUGACAUCCCUCCAGGCCUUCCCCUCCCUCUUUUGCUGGUUCUGGCAACAGAUCUUGGGAGAUGGUAAUUGUUUGGAUUUUUUUUUCCUUUCUGCAGUUGGUGUGAAGAACAGACUCUGUCCAGGUAGAAGUCGUGAUGGGGGAGGGGAGCCCCAUCUCCAGGGUCAGGGACUUGGCAGGAAUUUUCCUAAAGUGACUCAGGCACACCACAGUAACAAACCCAACUGCAGUUUUAUUUUUACUUCAGAAGUAGAUUUCCUUCAAACCACAUGAGAUCUCUGCCACCCACCCACAAAGCAAGCCCUAUAUUCCUAAGCUGAGGGCCCAAGGAGGCUAACUCCAGGGACCCUCCCCCAGGCCAGCAGUGUAUUCUGGGGGAUGCUGAGCAGCUGGGGUUGGGGGGCCAUGGCCCACAUUGAGAAAUGGAGCUGGAGUUUCCGCCUAGCCAGCAGCCCCACUGCUCAUGAGAAAUAUAAGCCCCAGGCCGGUUGUUUUUAACAAAUCUCUCUCAGAUCUAUUAUUUUGAUGACAAAAAUGAAGGAGCUUUGUAAAUUUUUUAAAAAUUAUGAAUCAUAUCAAGUAGUUGUUUACAUUUGACAAAAUAUGGCAGCAGAGUCCAACUGAAAAACCCUUAGGUGAGUUAGGCAGUAAUCAGGCCUGCUGUCUGCACCCUUCAUAGUGACAGAUGUGGCUGUAGUAUUUUAGGUUAAGUGUUUGGUCUUGCUUCUUGUAUGGCAUUUUUCAAUAAACAUUAAAAAAAAUAAAAUAAAAAGACCUGACU